AUGGCGGAUUUCGGCCAGUCUGCGGGAGGCAGGGCGUCUGGCAAGCGGAGGGCCUCAGCGGCCCAGCGGGUGGCACGAGCCUGCCGGGAGCUGGGGGCCGCCGCUGCGGAGCUAGAGCUGGGGACGGACCGGGAGCAGCAGGGGCGCGAGCUCACUGCGCAUUCCACACGGGGGGCCCGGCGUGCGCCGCAAGCAUGGGCCGGGCCCUCUUCUGUUUUGUCUUCCACAGAGGGCCGAGAAGAAGGGGAUUUGGCGGAUUUCGUGGAGGACGAUGAUUGGGCUGAGGAGGAUGAAGAUUUCGGGUCGGAGAGGUCGAUGGCAUCCGGUGAGUUGGUGCAGGCUAUAUCAAUUUCCACCACGAGCUCGAGUUCGCAUAGCUCUUCAUCUUCCUCCUCUUCCUCUUCUUUGGCGUCGCAAGCGUCCGACGCAGACAGUACUGCUAGAGCAAGGAGGGAGGCCGAAAAAUUUGCCAAGCGGGCAGCAAAACAGCAGAAGAGGCGUAAGCGACGCAAGCGACUUAGUGAGGAGGAGCGUAGGGCGAAAAAGCGGCGCGAUCUUCCGGGGGUAGUGCGCUGCGAGUACACCGCAGUUAUGCGGGGGCUGCGAGACAGCUGCCGCAAGAAGAUACUGCUGAGGAUCAUUGAGUUGGAUCAUCAGUGA